GGAAAUGGAAAACCUGUGAUGAGAGAAAUGAAGAACACACAAGAUGGUGCCCAAGGGAGCUGGUUUAAGGUCACAGAGUUAACAGUCUUGUUCAUCUAAGGGCAAAUUCAGAGAAGCAAUAUAAAGGGAACAGACCGGCCGUAAGGAGAACGUUGGAGACUAUCUCAAGGCAAAGACAUGAACUACUGACUAGGAUAUGGAGCAGCUGUGCACUAGAGGUCUCAGUUUGGCUAGCUGAGUGUGGGACAUGGGGUGCUGAGUCUCUGGAGAACUUGUCUGAGGGGCAAGCAGUAUCUGCGCUAGGUAGGAUCUCCUGGAACUUUAUUAAAGGAAGGUCAUCUCUAACACCUUGAUUAUUUGGCAGAGAGCUUUGACUGGAGAGGAGUAUUUUGGAAAUCCAUAUUAUGCACAAACAUAAGAAAUCAUACCAGUGGUCCCUUCUUUAGAUGCCCUUUCAAGCUCAGUAGAAGACUGGAAAAGAACAGGAAAAGGUUUGUUCUCCAGGCUCAAUUCCCUGUCAUCUGUCCUCUGUCUCAACCUCUCUUUUCAUCCUUAGAUUCCUCAUGGGAUAAAGUAUGACAAGAUAUGGCUAAUGAACUCAAUCCAGAGCCUUUGCAGUGUGUGCUUUACUCCAGUGGAUUUCCACUAUGUGAGAAGUGGGGCUCGAUUCUUUGUCCAGGAAGCUAGCGCUGCCUCUGCCUUGAUGGAUGUCAGCUACAAGAUCUAUGAUGAGGAGAACCAAAAGAUACCUAUCUUUGUCAACCCCUCUGCUGUUCCCUACUCUGUGCGUAAUAAGUUGGAACCAGAAGAAAUGGAGCAGCUAAAGCUGGCCUUUAACAAACGAUUUGAUGUCUCCCAGCAAUCUCUUGACCUCCAGAAGCUCCGCUUUGACCCAAACUUGAUGGGCCAAGAUGUUAAGAUAAUUCUGAAUCGAAGAAACUGCAUGGCUGCUGCCCUGCAGAUCAUCAAGAAGAACUUCCCUGAGCUAUUGUCCUUGAACCUGAGCUGCAACAAACUGUACCAGCUGGACGGCCUGUCUGACAUUGUGCACAUGGUCCCCACAAUCAAGAUACUGAACCUCUCCAAAAAUAAGCUGAACUCUUUGUGGGAGUUAAACAAGAUGAAAGGGCUGAAGCUUGAAGAGCUGUGGCUGCGAGGGAACCCACUGUGUGACAGCUUUCCAGACCAGUCCACCUACGUAAGGCAUUACAACCUUGAACUAUCAACCACCUCUUCUCUAUUUUUGGUUUUGGACAGUGCCAUCAUAGAAUGUUUCCCAAAGUUACUACGCCUGGAUGGCCGGGAGUUACCCUCACCAGUUGUCAUUGACAGUGACACUUCCUGUGCAAUAAAGCCUAGCAAGGAAAACUAUAAAGAAUCUGACAUACUGAAGAAUAUGAUCCUUCAAUUCCUGACGCAAUAUUACUUGAUCUAUGACUCUGGAAACCGAUAUGAUCUCCUCAGUACUUACCACCACAAGGCCUGUUUCUCCCUGACCAUUCCAUUCCACUCUGAGGAUCCAGCCCUAAGCAGCUUAUGCGCUUAUUUCAAGGACAGCAGGAAUAUGAAGACAGUCAAGGACCCCAACCUGCGUGUCCAGCAGUUGAAGCACACAAAUGGUGACAUUGUGCAUGCCCUCUGUGUGUUGCCCAAAACUCAGCAUGACCUCAGCUCCUUCAUGGUGGACAUGUGGUUCCAGACAAGUACGAUGCUCUGCUUCUCUGUCAGUGGGGUGUUCAAGGAAGUGGAAGGAGGGUUUCAGGACUGUGUGCGUGCCUUCACCCGGACCUUCAUCACUACCCCUGCCAGCUCUUCCAGUCUUUGUAUAGUGAAUGAUGAGCUGUUUGUGAUGGAAGCCAGCCCUAAAAACACCCAGAGUGCAUUCUCCAUCCCAGUGCCCAUACCACCCACCAGCUCCGUGGCCACUUUCUCCAAGGAACAGCAGCAAAUGGUGCAAGCCUUCUCCACUCAGUCUGGGAUGAACUGUCAGUGGUCUCAGAAGUGCCUUCAGGACAAUGAAUGGAACUACACCAGAGCUGGUCAAGUCUUCUGUAUGCUCAAGACCGAGGGCAAGAUCCCAGAGGAAGCCUUCAAAGAAAUCCCCUGAAAGGAGCCCUUGGAUGUCGUCUUUGGAUUCAUCCACAUCGUCUUUUUCUCUCUAGCCUCAGGCCACGCCCGUGACUGGGGUUGGAAACUGACCAAGAAGCCAAAGUUACAUUAUAGGCCAAUUAACAUAUCCUGAGGGUCAGUUGUUCUGCAUAUUUCCCUCACUCAUUAUUGCUGUGUUUGUUUUCAUAAUAAAGAGUGAUGUUGCAUGUUA